AAAAAAAAGAAAAAAAAAGAAGAAGGUAGGACAGGUUCUUCCGGUUGCCGGUCAGUCAGAGGGAGGGGAGGAGGGGAGGUGUUUCUCUGAACCAGGGAGAAUCCAAGGACUGACUCUGGACUCGGAAAAACAAGACAAAACUAAACAAAGACUUACAAAUAACAUAACGUCUACCGUUUUUUAAUGCAUCUCCAAGCAGGUUUGGUAAAUGAGCUGUUCCACAAUCGAUCUCGUGUCUGGCUUACCAAUCAAGCUUUCCCAUGAACUAGAUUAUCAUAUUGAGAAGGAAAGUUGGUUUUAUAGAAUUUGAAUUUGCAAGUGGUGUUGUUUGGUGUUUUUUGUGUAAUUAUAGUUUUGACUUACUGGCAUGGACAUUGCCUUAGGUGAUGACAUUAGCCAUCCUUCAACCCAAUUCUAUAACUCUUACAAAGUUGCAAGCCUUACCGAGACAAUUUUGGAUGCAACCCAAAUAUCCAAUCUGAAAGAUAGGUAUGUUCUAGGGGAACAGUUAGGAUUGGGGCAAUUUGGUGUGAUUAGGGCAUGCUCGGAUAAGUUAACUGGUGAGGUUUUGGCUUGUAAAUCCAUUGCUAAAGAUAGGUUGGUCACACGAGAUGAUGCAUGCAGCAUCAAGCUUGAGAUUGAAAUAAUGAGUAGGUUAUCAGGGCACCCAAAUGUUGUGGAUCUCAAGGCAGUUUAUGAGGAUGAGGACUUUGUGCAUUUGGUAAUGGAAUUGUGUGCAGGUGGGGAGCUUUUCCACCAACUUGAGAAAUAUGGGAGGUUUACUGAGUAUGAGGCCCAGGAUAUUUUUAAGCAUCUAAUGCAAGUGGUGAAAUAUUGUCAUGAUAAUGGCAUUGUUCAUAGAGAUCUGAAACCGGAAAAUAUUCUCUUAGCAAAAAAAUCGUCUUCUUCUCCAAUUAAACUUGCAGAUUUUGGGCUGGCAACCUAUAUAAAACAGGGGCAAAAUUUGCACGGAACUGUUGGUAGCCCAUUUUAUAUAGCCCCUGAGGUGCUGGCAGGAGGUUACAAUCAAGCUGCUGAUGUAUGGAGUGCAGGUGUUAUUUUGUACAUACUUCUGAGCGGGAUGCCUCCUUUCUGGGGGAAGACCAAAUCAAAAAUAUUUGAUGCUGUCAGGGCUGCAGAUCUACAUUUCACUCCUGAUCCUUGGGAUCGAAUCUCUGUACCUGCCAGGGACUUGAUCACUAGAAUGCUUUGUGUAGAUCCUUCUAGGAGAUUGACUGCUGCAGAGGUUCUAGCUCACUCUUGGAUGGUGGAUGGUGUACAAGCAGCUGUGGAACUGUCUAAACAUGACAACUGGAACUGCAGACAGCUGGAGGUAGGAGAAUGUUCUGUCUCAAUCCCAUUCAUUUCAAGGAAACAGGAUUACAGCUUUAGUGAUGGGUCACCUGUGGCCUUUGAUAGCAGAUUAGAACACUGCACUGCAAUCACUUGCAAAUCAUCAUUUUCUUCUUUCUUAGUUGGCAACUCUAGCCCUUAUUCUGCAUCUGAAGGUUUCUCAUUCAGCAACUGCUGUCAAUCAAGUUCUCUGGAAUUUUUGUCUCCUAUUCCAUCAAUGCCAAGCUUUACAUUCUUCAGCCCAAGUUCCAUUACUGAACAGCAAAAUGUCUCAUUGGAAAUUAUUCAAGCUGACUCGUCAAAAGUUGGUGAAGAAUCUAAAGUGUUGAACUUGGGGAAAUUGUUUGUAGUACCGGAUUCUACACUUGGUAUUAAACAAGAGGCUAGAGAAUUGGAACAAAAAUCAGAAAUUCGAAGGGGAGUGGCCAAUGUGUCCCGGCUAUCAGGCAUCCAUAGUAAAAGGAAUCACACUAUUGGUCUUGGGGAGCUUGACCAGAUCAAUCUCAUAGUGACUGAGUCAGUAAUUCGCUGGGCGUCAUGCACUCAAAUCCCAACUGCACCUUCUCUCAGAUUAUCUCUGGUGUGCUAGACGUGCCAGGGUGACAGCAUAAGAUACAAUUUUGCUGGAGAAAAGAUAAAGCUUUUGUUUUUAUACUUGAUACCAAGAGAGAUAGAGAAAAUGUGUCUGGAUGAGAACUUCA